GUUGCUGGCUCUGGCCCCUGGGUCCCUGGGCCUGCCCUCCCUCGAUUCUCCAUCUCAUUGUCCCCUCGGUGCCACGGAAUAGCCCACCUGCAGCGCUGAGAUUGAACAUCUGGGCUCUCUCCUGGGUCCUGGGGAUCCUUUUGCUGUCCCCACAGCGCCAUCUGCUGGACAGCCUUGACCCCCCUCCUGCUGGGGUGGGAGGUGGGACGCCUCGUACAGACAGAUGCUGUCCUCAAGGGCCAAGCCUGAUAGCUCAGCAUUGGCUCUGGGCCUCGGGACCUCCACCACGUUGGUUGUUGUUAUUGGCAGACUGGCAGGUCAAAGCGGGUCACAGGACAUUGUGUAUUGUAGACAGUGUUUGGAUACGGUGUUGUGGCUGCAGUAGGCCCUUGCAACCACCGUGGUAUCUUGAGAAGGGAGCCUGCAGUGAGAGGCAGGCACUGGGCUUCCCAUCCCCUCUUUAUGGCGGCUCUGAGCUCUCCGUAUGGCUCUUCAUCUAUAAAAGUAGGAAGUGUGGCUGCACUGCACCCUGAAAAACCUGAAACCCCCAAGGCGAGGGAUUGGGGGCCCUGUGGAGGCAAACUGGACUCCAGGGGCUUUGGGAGCGUGGGUUGUGUGAUGUGUAGGUCUGCUGCCAAGAGGUUAAGCAAAGGGUUCUGCAGCAGAACAACAAACCUGCUGGCAGCCCUUGUAUUAUCUACGAUCCGGGCAUGCAUGCCUGCAAGCCUUAGUGGUAGGCUUCUUGGUGCAUCUCCUGAGUGCCAAGUUCUUGGGGUGGCAGGGAACCAGCAGGAGCUGCAGCUGAAUACGGUGUUGGAUACGGUGUUGUGGCUGCAGUAGGCCCUUGUCCAGACAUUUCACUGAUGCACCCGCCUCUCUCCCCCAGGUCAGCAGUACAGUAGCAGGGCCGGAGGCCCAGAAACCUUUGCUGUGAUGGCAGAGAAGCGGCCAAUGGGGACCCUGGGCCCCAUGGUAUAUGGCAAGGUGUCCCGCCUAGAGGCUGACUCGGGGCCUGGCCCCAGCCUGCUCCCUUCUGCUGGCAUCCAGGACCCCUGUGGAUACAAGGGUGCCUACUUUUCCUGCCCCGUGGGAGGUGCUCCCAAAGCAGGAUCUGAGCGGCUGGCAUCCUGGACCCCAUAUCCACCCUUGUACCCCACCAGCAUGGCAGGACCCCCACUUCGGACAGAAGGUCUGCUGUCCAAUUGCCUGCUCUACCGGCCACCAGGAGAAGGCUCCGAGAAGGGCCAAGAUGCCAAUCCUAUGGAGUUCCUGCCCUACAGCCCCCGGGCUCAGCCCUACCCAGGCCCACCUCUGGCGGCCCCCAAACCCGUCUACCGAAGCCCUCUGUGUUACGGACUCUCAACUUGCCUGAAUGAAGGGGCAGCCAAGAGGCCGCUGGAUGUUGACUGGACACUGGUGACAGGGUCCCUGCUGCCCCCUGCUGACCCACCCUGCCCUCUGGCCCCGGCUCCUGGCAAAGGGCAGCCUCUGGACAGUACCUUCUUGCAUGGGCUAUCAGCCGAGCCAUCUGGCAAAGACUCCUCCAUGGGCUUCUCUCCGUGCCAGGCCUUCUUGGAGAAGUAUCGGACCGUCCACAGUACGGGCUUCCUGCCAGCCCCUUACUCUGGAGACCACAAGCAAGCAAUGCCCGAGGCCCCCUCCAAUCCCUGGACUCCGCUGAACCAGCCUCUGGGGCCAGCCUGCCAGGAUGCAGUACCCACCCACUACCCGCUGCCUCAUGGCCCACAGGCCCUGCCUUGCCCACCAGCCUACCGCCACCCAGAGAAGCAGGGUGGAUAUAACACCUUGCUACCACUGCAACCUUUGGGAGCCCACAAGGUGGCUGGGUACCCACCUGGUGGGUUAGGCAGCUCCUACCUAAGGCAGCAGGCAGCCCAGACACCCUAUGUGCCCCCCGUGGGACUAGACCCUUACCCUUACCCCGCUGCUCCCCUCCCAGCACCCUCUCCAGGUUUCAAGCCGGAGCCACCUCUUGCUCCACGAUGUCCCCUGGACUUCCCGCCUCAGAUACUGAGCUUUCCUCACGCCCAAGACGACCCCUCUCUCUAUGGAGCCUCCCCGGGGCUUGGAGGGACUCCGCCCCCGCAAGGCAGUGUGCGGGCCGCGCUGCCACCCCGGGCCUUCCAGCGGGAAUGCCAGUCUGUGCCUGCCAGUCAGCCACACUUGGAGCACUUGAGGGCCGCUGGGAAAGCGGCGCGGGCAAUGGAGGAGAAGACAUGGCUGUCCAGCUGCAGGAAAGAGCAGUCCCAGUCCCGGCCCAGGCCGGAGGAGCACCUCUCAGCCCCCAUCCUCAUCCGAGACAGUCCAGUUCCCAGCACGCCGCCCGCACUACCCCCCUGCGCCCAGGAGCGUCGGCCCCGUCCCCAGAACAAGGGCCCACGUCCACCCAGCUCUCCACCCAUGCCCGUGAUUGACAAUGUCUUCAGCCUGGCCCCCUACCGGGGCUACCUGGAUGUGCAGGCACCUGACUCCGAGCCGGACCAAGUCCCAGCCCCCCUCAAGAGCCAUGGCCGUGACUGCCCAGGGCCUCUGCCUGCCCAGGAGGCCUCCAUGGGGACGUGCUGCUCCCUGAGGGAAGAGGUGGCCCUGGACCUGAGCGUGAAGAAGCCUGUGACAGAGAAGGUUCCUGGUCCCGCCGUGCACACCAAGCCUACAGGUGUGCCGGAUGUGGAGGGCGCCACCCUGAAUCUGCAGGGUGCAGGGGAGGACACGGUCUCUGCCGGGCCCAUGGUGGACAUGGUGCCAGAUCUACCAGGCCUGAAAAGCCCAGUCACGGGCACCCCAGGGCUACCAGUGAGCACAGAGGCCACACCAAGGGCCAACUUCCAAAGCUCUGUGGCCUUCAUGUUCCGGAAGUUCAAGAUACUCCGGCCAGCACCCAUGCCUGCCGCCGUGGUCCCCUCUGUGCCCACCUCGACCCCUGAGCCUGCACCCCCUGCACUCACCCCCACGUCUGUGCCCAUUGGACUCAAGAUCAUCACUCAGCCCUUGCCUGUGGCCUGCUUAAACCUGGCAUUGCCCAGCCCCCCAGCCUUAGCUGUGGCCUCUCCGGCUCCGGCUCCAGGUCUGGCUCUAGCUCCAUCCCCAGCUCCGGCCCCGACUUCCACCCCAACCCUAGCUUCCACCCCAGCCCCGGCCCCGGGGGACUCCCAUGAGCAGCACUUUGCAGGGCUGCAUACGUCUUUGUGUGACGCCAUCUCAGACUCCGUAGCUCAUUCGCCGCCUGACAAGCUGCGGGAGUGGCUUGAGACCGCUGAGCCUUGGGGCAGGGAGGCCUGGCAGGACUGCCAGAGCGUGCAGGGCCUGCUGCGCAAGCUGCUGUGCCAGCUGCAGGACUUCGUGCGCACACACCAGUGCCCCUUCCCCCACGUGGUGCGGGCCGGCGCCAUCUUUGUGCCCAUCCACCUGGUGAAGGAGCGGCUCUUCCCACGGCUGCCCCCGGCCUCUGUGGACCAUGUGCUGCAGGAGCACCGCGUGGAGCUGCGGCCCACCACGCUGUCGGAGGAGCGGGCGCUGCGGGAGAGCGCCCUGCAGGGCUGCACCUCGCGCAUGCUGAAGCUGCUAGCCCUGCGCCAGCUGCCGGACAUCUACCUGGACCUGCUGGACCUGCAGUGGCGGGACUGCGCGCGCCGCCAACUGGGUCACUUUGACACGGAGGCUGGAGCUGUGCCCCCCUCAGGACUCCCCAUGGCCAGAGGAGAGCCCGACAGCCUCGCCCUGGCUCGGAAGUCACCGGCCCCCAAGGCUAAGAAGCUGGGAAGGAAGCCACCAAUCCCUGGUCUGGAGAAGACAGAGGCCGCUGUUGAAGGGUGGUCCCGCGGCGCCUCGCCCCCCGCAGCCAUCGGCACCAGCACGUCCGGCUCCACACUGAAGUCCCGCUUCCGCAGCCUGCUGGAGACCGCCUGGCUCAACGGCCUGGCACUGCCCACGUGGGGCCACAAGGUCCAGGGACCAGACCGGCUUUCAAAUCACCCCCAGCUGUUGGGGGACCAGGGCCACCACGCAUAGCAUGGAUUGCUGGUGCUGUGCAGGCCACUGGCUGUCUAGGGGCUCAGUGCACCCCUCCCUCAGUCUGCCCAGCUCCCCAGGGUCAGGGGGAAACAGCGCCAGUCUGGGCGGAGGUUCACACGAGGUUCUCUCAGAAGAGCACAUCCUUCCACCCUUGUGCUUCUGAAGAAGCUGUGAGCCCAAGUCCCGCCCGGCUCCUCCACCCCUUGCUGGGUGUGUGACCUGGGGGUGGGGUCACUGCUCCUCUUGUGGGCCCCAGGCUCACCCUCCUCCUUUUGUAAAAUAGAACAACGCAACCUACCUCGCAGGGUUGUGGGGACGGCGCCUGACGCACACCCAGCACAGUUCGGUCUCGGCUCCAUCUCUGCCGGGCCUGGUGCUGGCAGGAGAGCAGAACCCUUGUGUCCCAGGACUUAGUCUCUGAUAGCGGUACGUUGUCCAGCGUGUGAGGCACACCUGGAGUCAUCUCCCAGGAAAGCUCCGGCUUACAGUCCCCAAGUUUGGGGUUGGACCUAACCCCCUGCCUGUCCUUCCCUGCCCCCACACCUGGAGCCUGGGGUUGGCCUCCUUUCUCGGGGCCUCUGUUCCCAAGCCUGUCCUAAAUCAAUGGCACUGGAGGGACAGGUUAAGUAACAAUUCAGGCCUAGGUCUCUGAAGAUGUGGGGACAUGUGUCCCGUCCCCGCCCCCCCCAGUCCCCCUAGCGUCACUGCUCUGUCCAGCCUGCUGUGGACUCCCUCCUGGCUGGCUGAACCCAAGGCUAGGUGGAGUUUGUGUAAGGCUGUGGGCCCUGGAGGCAGGCCAUUAAAACAUUUUGGUUGUUUUUGAAA